CUGCGCAGUCUCCUGCGUUUUCUCGCUUGGAUCUUGGCACUGAGAGGCGGUGGCCGGCGGGAUGGAGAAAAGUAGGAUGAACCUGCCCAAGGGGCCGGACACGCUCUGCUUCGACAAGGACGAGUUCAUGAAGGUGCAACACCAGCAUCUUCUCUGACUCACUAACCCCACCACCUUUCCCACUCUGAGUUGACAGAAUGCCUUUGGUAUAUGCAGCUUCAGUAAGUGAAAUCACAGAAAUGAAGAUUUCGAUGUCGAUCAUUUUGUGUCUGACUGUAGGAAGCGGGUCCAGCUGGAAGAACUGAGAGAUGACCUGGAGCUCUACUAUAAACUUCUUAAAACAGCCAUGGUCGAACUCAUCAACAAGGAUUAUGCAGAUUUUGUCAAUCUUUCAACAAACCUGGUUGGCAUGGACAAAGCCCUUAACCAGCUUUCUGUGCCUUUGGGACAAUUACGAGAAGAGGUUCUGAGCCUUAGAUCAUCUGUCAGUGAAGGAAUUCGGGCAGUUGAUGAACGAGUGUCUAAACAAGAGGACAUUAGGAAAAAAAAGAUGUGUGUAUUGAGGCUUAUUCAAGUUAUUCGAUCAGUUGAGAAAAUUGAAAAAAUCUUAAACUCUCAAAGUUCUAAAGAAACAUCUGCACUAGAAGCAAGCAGCCCCCUUUUGACUGGACAAAUUUUGGAGAGAAUUGCCACAGAAUUUAAUCAGUUACAGUUUCAUGCUGUUCAAAGCAAAGGCAUGCCUCUUUUGGACAAAGUAAGACCACGUAUAGCUGGCAUUACAGCCAUGUUACAGCAGUCACUGGAAGGCCUCCUAUUAGAAGGCCUUCAGACAUCUGAUGUCGACAUAAUACGGCACUGCUUGCGGACUUACGCCACGAUUGACAAGACGCGGGACGCGGAGGCCUUAGUUGGCCAAGUACUAGUGAAACCAUACAUAGACGAGGUGAUUAUAGAGCAGUUUGUUGAAUCUCAUCCUAAUGGCCUUCAAGUCAUGUAUAAUAAACUCCUGGAGUUUGUUCCUCACCAUUGCCGCCUUCUUCGAGAAGUCACGGGAGGUGCCAUCUCCAGUGAAAAAGGCAAUACUGUUCCUGGAUAUGACUUUUUGGUGAAUUCUGUCUGGCCACAAAUAGUACAAGGAUUAGAAGAAAAGUUACCCUCGCUUUUUAAUCCUGGGAAUCCCGAUGCAUUUCAUGAGAAAUACACCAUAAGUAUGGAUUUUGUCAGAAGAUUUGAACGGCAAUGUGGAUCACAGGCUAGUGUAAAAAGAUUAAGAGCACAUUCUGCCUAUCAUAGCUUCAAUAAUAAGUGGAACUUGCCUGUUUAUUUUCAAAUAAGAUUUAGAGAAAUAGCAGGAUCCUUAGAAGCAACACUUACAGAUGUCCUGGAAGAUGCCCCAGCUGAAAGUCCAUAUUGCCUUUUGGCUUCUCAUAGAACGUGGAGUGGCCUCAGGAGGUGUUGGUCAGAUGAGAUGUUCUUGCCAUUGCUGGUGCAUCGCCUGUGGAGAUUCACUCUGCAGAUUUUGGCACGAUACUCUGUGUUUGUCAAUGAGCUUUCACUCAGGCCCAUUUCUAAUGAAAGUCCCAAGGAGAUCAAGAAACCUUUGGUAACUGGUAGCAAAGAACCUUCCAUCACCCAAGGAAACACUGAAGACCAAGGAAGUGGUCCUUCAGAAACAAAGCCUGUGGUUUCCAUUUCCCGCACUCAGCUUGUGUAUGUGGUUGCAGACCUGGACAAGCUUCAGGAGCAGCUUCCAGAACUCUUGGAAAUAAUCAAGCCAAAACUUGAAAUGAUUGGCUUUAAGAAUUUUUCUUCUAUCACAGCAGCCCUGGAGGACUCCCAGAGCUCUUUGUCAGCCUGUGUGCCCUCCUUGAGUGGCAAGAUCAUCCAGGAUUUAAGUGACUCUUGCUUCAGUUUCCUAAAAAGCGCACUGGAGGUUCCCAGGCUUUACCGAAGAACCAAUAAGGAGGUCCCAACCACAGCUUCCUCCUAUGUGGACAGUGCUCUGAAGCCCUUAUUCCAGCUUCAGAACGGACACAAGGAUAAGCUCAAACAAGCAAUAAUUCAGCAGUGGCUAGAAGGCGCUCUCAGUGAAAGCACUCAUAAGUACUACGAAACCGUGUCAGAUGUGUUGAACUCUGUGAAGAAAAUGGAAGAGAGCCUGAAAAGGCUGAAACAAGCCAGAAAAACCACUCCCGCCAACCCCGUCGGUCCCAGUGGUGGCAUGAGUGAUGAUGACAAAAUCAGGCUGCAGCUGGCCCUAGACGUUGAAUACUUAGGAGAGCAGAUACAAAAGUUGGGACUGCAAGCAAGUGACAUAAAAAGCUUCCCAGCUCUCGCAGAGCUUGUUGCUGCUGCCAAGGACCAGGCAACAGCAGAGCAGCCUUAAGCAUCUUGGAAGAUCUCAAGGUUAGAUUCUUAAGCAAGAGAAGAGUUGGACUUCCAGGCUGAAGGGGAGAAAGUGACUCUGUUCUCUUAGCAACCGUCCAUAGCAAAGAAGUGCUUCCAGCAUUACUCCAGCAACACGCCCAUGCGUCUUCUCAGCGUAUUUGGGUCUUCCUUUGCCCAAAAAGAACACAAAAGCCUUUUUCCAUUGUAUGGAAGAUAGUUUUUAAGACGUUUGAAACUUUCUACUAUAGUUUACAGAACAAAUUAUUUUAUUUUUAUUGUAAAUCUUAGUGUGGAAGAGCUGAUUUCUAAAAUAUGAUUAAAGUAAAUACAUACCUAUGAAUGUCAAGAGUUGUCUCCCUGAGCCUGCAGUUGGAAGUGACGACUGUAGUGGAGUGAUGUCCUGUAUAGGAACGCCCUUCUCUGAAAUAAAGAGAACUCCUGGGCUUUCCAAAGAGGCUGCCGGAGGCCGUCCUCCACUCGCACUGUGUGUGAGAGCAGUGCUUCUGAUCCUGCUGUCACCGCAACCUCUGGCAGGGGCCGGCACCAGUGGGAAAGACCUCCUUCCUAAAUAAAAGAAGUGUCUCCC